CCUCGCUCCUCCGUGAUUGGCCUCAGCUGGGGUCCUCCCGCAUGUCCAAUAUGUCGGCGCCCACUGGAAGUGUGAAUUGUGAGGAGUUCGCUGAGUUCCAGGAGGUAGAAAUACCUGAACACAUGCAGUUUGUACAAAGAGAGUUGAAAAUACCAAGACUGAACCUAGGCAAAUCUGGAAGGAAUUACUCAAGGUGAUGAGGACGAUUGAUGACAGAAUAGUACAUGAAUUAAACACUACGGUUCCAACAGCUUCCUUUGCAGGAAAAAUUGAUGCCAGCAAAACCUGUAAACAACUCUAUGAGUCUUUGAUGGAAGCUCAUGCUAGCAGGGAAAAAGUAAUAAAAAACUGCAUAGCUCAGACAUCAGCAGUAGUAAAGGCUCUUCAGGAACGGAGAGAGAAGGACUCAAAUGAUUUAACAUUAUUAAAGCAAAUUAGAAAAGAGCAGACAAAGUUGAAAUGGAUGCAGUCAGAACUGAAUGUUGAAGAAGUAGUAAAUGACCGAAGCUGGAAGGUAUUUAAUGAACGCUGUAGAGUUCACUUCAAACCUCCAAAGAAGGAAUAAAGAAAGAAGCAAUUUCUAAAGGAAAUAGUCAUACCUAAAAGCUGAGCAAGACAGACACAGGAAGGGCAGGAUGCUUAGAAGGAUGAUUUCUGAGCCAACAGACCAAGACCUUUUUGUUGAUUUCAAGCCCACUUCACCAAGACCUCAAGUAUAAAUAAUUCUAAUAAUUAUGGAGAAAUCAACUGCUAUUUUAUACUGAAUCUGUGAAAAAAAUGUUUUGUAACUAUUAAAAUAAUUUUCAGACUGA